UCUGGUUCCUGUUUUGGUUCAUGUAAGCUUUUUGAAAGGAUCCACAGUAAUGCUAUGAAUUAUUGAUGCUUUUGCUCGAGUCGAAGAUUUAUUAUAACAGAGUGGACAGCACACCGCUUGGCGCAAGAGAAAUUAUGUCGGGCUGUGCAAUGGAACAAGACAACAACUCCCUUUGGUCGCCUGUGUGAUGCGGGAAAUUAUAAAUGUUCAAGUCGGACAAUGCGGAAACCAAAUUGGUUAUAAGGUGCUUUAACAAUUUACCACUUUAAAUCUCCACUUGCGUGUAGCUACAAAAACAUUACUGAGUGAGAUAAUUUCUUUGUUUGCCGUUCAAUUUACACGUAGCGGGAACAGUGAUUUUAAAUGUCCAUUAUUGUUGUGGCAGUUUUGGGAAAUUCUUUGCGCGGAACAUGGAAUAGACGAGGAGGGGUGCUACAAUGGAAGUUGUAACUCGCAGUUGGAGAAAAUCAAUGUUUACUUCGCCGAGGGUGCUGGUAGGUAAUGCCAGAGAACAGCAGUAGUUAUUUAUAAUAUCUCAAAACCGCUCUCAAUACUAACUGUGAAGCUUAAUGUUAAGACUGCAGUAAAACUGCGUUUAAUUGGAGUGUUAUAAUGUUUUUGCUUGCUGCAGGCAAUAGAUAUGUACCGCGUUCGGUCCUUGUCGACUUGGAGUCGGGCACGAUGGAUUCACUUCGUUCCGCGCCGUUUGGAAAGGUCUUUCGACCUGACAAUUUUAUUUUCGGUAAGUCCGUAGUGUGGCUGGUACGGUCAUGUAAAUAACGAAUAUAUUUAGGUACAGCUUAAGUGUCUCUACUUUCACGUGUAUAAGCUAUUUAAAUUUAUGCAGUCCAAUGACUUUGAAACGCUAUUUUGGGAAAUGGGUGCAGUUUCAAGACUUUUCGAUCACUUUUACGAAGUUUUUAGAACUUUAUCAGUUAUAUAUCAUAAAAUUGUUUGUUAUCUUUUAGACUGCCUAAGUGUCUCAGAUUCCAAGGAACGUUUUUUGGUAGAUAAACAAUGAAUUAUUAAAUUGUUUUUCUCCCAAGACUGUUUUUGUUUCGGUAAUUUCUGUUUUACUCAGUUACACUGAAUCACUUUCGUGGGUUCUCGAGAUUUCCCUCAAUGCUCAUCAUAUCCGGCGUCACUAAACCGUGUACAUCUUUUCUUUAGAAAUUUUCAUCAGAGAAAACGUUGCAGUCAAAAUUGCCAAUAGGUGUUAUCCUCUUCUUGAGCUCCGUUUUAAUGACGAAAUAAAAAUUUCAUAGACAGAAGAAUGAAUGCUUCACCCAGCUUUCAGAAUCUAGCUCAUUCAGCAAUUUUGCAUUGUGCCUAGUGUGGCGUGUCACCCGAAGCUUUCAAAACAGAAAUUUCUAGUACGUGCGAAAUGGAAUAUAAAAUUUAAACUCUUGCAUAUAGUGACUAUGCGGAAUUUGCCAAAUAUUUCUUAAUAUAUUGCACCACAGAAAAGUCAUGCCCGAAAGCGUGCAUUUCAUCUUUCACACAAUGGGAACUGAUUCAAAGAGCAAAACAUACAACAACCUUUUUAAUUGCUUUGCUCGACUUCUCACUGCCGGCUGAACUUUUAAAGAGAAUAUCUUUUUAUACGACAGUAACAUUUCCUGCUGGCAUACUUUUUCUUUUUAAAUGCCGACGCGUAUACUGACGUCUUAAUAGAUAUUAAAAUGCAUUCUUGUAUAAGUUUGUUUAAGGUGCGUCCUCCCCUAAUGAAUUAAGCCUGUAAUACAGUUUCGUCAACCGUGAAGGAGUCUAAUGGUUAAAGCCUUAAAACAACGUAACAAAGAAAAGAUAAAUGUCUAAUUGAGUGGUUGCUUUGGUAAAUUGAAUAACGUUUGUUUAAAGGGCGGCCUGUAUAUGAUUAAAACUCCCACGAGAACGCUAUGUUUCUCUACCCCCUACGUGUACCAGGGAUUCGGGAAAAAAGCAUGAUUUCAACGAGUCGCACUCCUUCUGGGACUUGCAAAACAACUACAUAUUUGCAUUAGUACAGGUUUAAAAGCCAGGCCAAGAACUUUGUGAUUCUGAAAGUUUGAAAUUUGGACAGCUGGAUACCUGGCCAAAGUUUUAUUUUAAAACUCUCUGCUGCAGAGUAAACUCAAGAUCGAGAACAAAGGUGACAAGAUGAAGGGCAAUAAACCGAUGACUCCAAAAGGGAGAGUAAUCCUGCCGGCGCGGAAGGCGUUUAAGGCGUUUGAACGGAAAGGAAGAAUCAUGCUAAGGGACGCGCCUUAAUUUCCUCUUUCCUUCCUCUUCGCCGCCGCUCAGGCUAAGAGAGAGAGAGAGUUUUUAAAUCAUCUCUCCCUAUAUCUCGUUUAUUUAAGUGCCUUCUCGCUCAAAUAGUCAAAUAAUACAAUGAGUUCGAGUUCGAGGCAAAGCAAGACAGGAAACUGCAAAGAGCGGAAACACUUGCGCAACCAAUAUGCGCAACCUACAUGUAUAUCACGUGUCACAAUCCAUCUCAUCCCCAGUGCUUUCUCCUCUUUAACAUUCUUUCGUUUAAAAGUUACCUCACUCCUUAGCUACAUUGACGAAUGUCGUAUUUGAAUACCAACGGUUCCAUUGUUGGUGUUUUAUUAACUGCAGAUCGCUGAAUUGUUACCAAAGAUUCCAUAGCAAGCAUUCACAGUCUCAUUCGAUACAACCAAAGCUAAGUUUUAGGAGAAAUUCAGUUAUACUUCAGACUGACUUUGUUUUCCUAUUCUCCUAGGUGAAUGCGGCGCCGGAAACAACUGGGCUAAAGGCUUUUACACAAAUGGAUGUAAUCUACUUGAACAAGUUAUGGACGCAGUUAGGAAAGAAGCUGAGGGAUGCGACUCGAUCCAGGGCUUUCAGUUGGCGCAUUCACUGGGAGGUGGCACGGGGUCUGGGCUUGGAACUUUGAUACUGUAUUACUUAAGAGAGGAGUUUCCAGAUCGGAUUCUGAGCGCCGCCAGCGUAUUUCCAUCCCCGAAAGUUUCCGAGAUUGUCAUUGAGCCUUACAAUGCAACUCUGGCUGUUCAUCAGUUGAUAGAAACUACAGAUGAAGUGUUCUCUUUCGACAAUGAAGCGCUGUAUGAUAUCUGCUUUAGAACGCUUAGACUUGAUACCACAACUUAUUCGGAUUUGAAUCAUGUAAUAUCGACCACUUUAAGCGGUGUCACCACAUGUCUCCGUUUUCCUGGACAGGUGAGUUAGUCCUGAUUAUACAACUUACUUAACCUGAAAAUUUCUUUAAGCGCGGUAACAGCAAAAUUUUGCCGCAAAUUAAGUUUCACAGGUUAAGUUACCCUCAGUGGGUGUAGAAAUUAUGAGUUUUACCUGUCCAAGAUAAAUUUUAAAAACCUGAAAAAAACAGUAUGAGAAAGCAUUCUAAGCAAACAAAGAGAUAGUAAGUAAAGAGAAGCUAAAAAAAGGUGUGAAUGCCUUCAUAACUUUGCUUAGACUUCCUGCACGUAAUUUUUUCAAGACAAAAGUCCACGUUUUCCCCGAUUUUGCGACACCCGAAAGCAGUUACUGCUCAGUCAUGGAGAUUACUGUCACUAACAUCAAACCCGCGCGAAAGCGAUUAGGUAGUUGAGGAAGGAUUGAUUGGGAAAACUGAGCGUACCUCAUUAAAAUUUCGAGCUACGCACCUGACAGGACUAAGGGUCUCGCUACCCGUGGCUAGAAUGAUUGAAAAGAACAUCAUCAUUCAAUGAAAUGUUUCUUUUUUCAGUUGAACGCAGACUUGCGUAAGCUUGCAGUCAACAUGAUUCCUUAUCCAAGGCUUCACUUCUUUAUGCCGGGCUUUGCACCGCUGACCAGUAGGCGGUCACAAACAUUUCGUACUCUCACAGUGCAGGAGUUAACUCAGCAAAUUUUUGACGCCAGAAAUGUCAUGAUUGCUUGUAACCCCAGAAAUGGUAAGUACCUGACUUACGCCGCAAUGUUUCGCGGUCAGAAAUUAUCAAUGAAGGAAGUCGAAGAUCAAAUGGCGAGAGUCCAGGACAAAAACUCCGCACAUUUCGUUGAAUGGAUCCCGCACAAUGCCAAAGUUGCAGUUUGUAAUGUUCCACCGCAUGGAAUGAAAAUGUCGGCUACAUUCAUUGCCAACAACACAGCCAUACAAGAACUGUUUAAACGGCUUAACCUCCAGUUUAGGGUCAUGUACAGGAGAAGAGCUUUUCUUCACUGGUUCACUGAAGAGGGAAUGGACGUACAACAGUUUACACAGGUAAGGGUUUAUUGGUGCUGAUCUACAAGCACGACUUAUAGUAGCUUCAGCGCGAAAUACCUCAGUCACGAGCCAGUUGGGCGAAAGUCUUGUGGCUGCAAGCGAAUAUGGAACGUUUGACAUUUUAAUUCCCUUUUUACUUUUGGUUUUGCGCCUGGGGAGUAAAUAAGCCGCAACAACGACGGCGACAGGAACGCGAGAAAUUAAAAAAAAAGGAAUUUUCAAUAAUACAAACAACAACUCUGCACGUACUUCACUUUUUAGUACACUUUUUUGCCGUCACUGUAAGACUACCACGUAAAACUCCAUUAUACGACUUUAAUGACCACUUUAAGACCACAAUAAUUUUUUGAUCCCUAGAAAACUAGGGUGUGGUCCCUAAAAAUCUAAUCCAGAAGAAAUUCACCUACGUUUGACAUUUUAAGCGAGCUUGAAUUAUCGCAACAAAGUUUGAAAAAACGCGAAGUUGUCUCAUAACUGAAAAUUCGUCGCCGUCGCCGUUGCUGAAACUCUUUACGGACCUUACGAAACUACGACGGCGACGGCAAGGAGAACGUCAAAAAAACAAUAGGUUUAAUGAGCAAAACAACAACCCUGCACGUGCAUCACGCUUUUUUGUACAUUUCUUUGCUGUCCCUGCACAAGAACGACGUGAAAUGACCACAUUUUAAGUUUACUUGAGUACGGGAACGGCAAGGCCAUAAAUUCUACCAUCUCUGUCUAAACUCGGGCGCGGCCCCCUAGUCUUCAGCUCCAACCAAAAUUCCCUUCUUUUAAGCAACAGGGCAAAUUGGGAUAAUCGCGAAAACGUCUGAAAGGAUCCGAAGUCUAUUUUUCAGCGACGUUUUCAUGGACGUCCCCGUUGUCGGAUCGUAAGGUCCCUUUUAACAAAAGCAUGACGCUAAGCUCGAGCAGUAACACAUCUGCCUUUCCUUGUUUAAAUUUGGCGCCAAAAUAAGCAGCACUACGGCGACCGCGUCCUGUGUGUGCACCUUCGCGAUUGAGAAGACUAGCAAUCAUUUCCAAGUGCGGAAUCCGUGGAUUAAGUCACGGUUGGUUUCAGUUUUCACCGAAAUUUAUAAUUCUUGCCAAACGUUUCUGUUUGAGCAAGGCAGAAGAGUUUCACUUUUCUAGAUUUCUCCCAUUGCCCCCACUAUGGACCUUACGCUUGCUACGCGCUCUUGAGUGAAACGCAGUAUUACACUCUAAUUUCAUUAUAUAUUGUUUUCUUACCGAAUGGUUGGUUGAAACGUUAACGAUUGUAAGGAGGACUGUUAUGAUAUGAAGAUGCCGUCAGGUUAAAAACAAAACCUGAUCUUUAGCAUCUGACUAGAUUAAUGCUAUUUUUCAUUAUAGGCUGAGUCAGACAUGUUGGAUCUGAUUUCAACUUAUCAACAGUGUCAGGAUCUUCAAGUGGAUAAUUAUAGUGUUAGUGAUAUAGAAAUAAAGGACCUUGAGGAGUUCGAGGACUCACUGGAGACCUGGGACUGUGUGGAUAAUCACGUGGAAGGACAUGUAAAUGGCCACACUCUAUCCUCAGAAAGCUGAUGUGCAUUUUCACAAACUCAAAAGUACUAUAUAGUUUUGCUCGUUUCAUUCAACUGGACUGGAACAGUGUAAAACUGGAUUUUCCAAACUGGAAUUUAAGUUGCCGCCUUAGUUGACUAUGUUAGAGAGGCAGCAACCCGGAUUGGACUUGUGUUCACACAUAAGAAUUGUGAUUUCAGCCCAGUUUCUG